GCACGCCCUUAAUAAAUACUUGUUGAAUUAUUAAAGAACAGGUAGAAUGACCCUGGGCAUGUGCUGUGUACAUUAGUGCAGUAUCUAAUUUAAUGUGCGCAGCAGUGCUGAGGGAGGCUUUCCUGUUUUCCAUAAGCGGAACUGAGAUUACAGCUUGCAGAGACCCAGGUCUCUUGCUCACGGGACUGUGGUUCAGGACUGACUUGUCCCCUUUCUCCCCACAGGUCCCGAGGGAGGUGGCAGCGCCUUCUGCAGACCCGGCGCGUACACACGUGUGCCCGGACUGCGGCCGUGCUUUUGCACGCCGGUCCACGCUAGCUAAGCAUUCGCGCACGCACACGGGUGAACGGCCCUUCGAAUGCCCCGAGUGUGGCCGGGGCUUCUCCCAGAAGUCGGCGCUGACCAAACACGGCCGCACGCACACCGGUGAGCGGCCCUACGAGUGCCCCGAGUGCGGCCAGCGCUUUUCGGCCGCCUCCAACCUGCAGCAACACCGGCGGCGCCACACGGGCGAGAAGCCCUACGUGUGCACGCAGUGCGGGCGCCGCUUCGCUCAGAGCCACCGACGCACGCACACCGGGGAGCGGCCAUAUGUUUGCGCCGACUGCGGCACGCGCUUUGCGCAGAGCUCGGCGCUGGCCAAGCACCGGCGCGUGCACACGGGCGAGAAGCCGCAUCUCUGUACCGUGUGUGGCCGCUGUUUCCGCCACCGGUCCAACCUGGCAGAUCAUACCCGCACGCACACGGGCGAGCGGCCCUACCCCUGCACCGAGUGCGGCCAGCGCUUCCGCCUCAGCUCAAACUUCGUCCGCCAUCGUCGUUCGCAUAUGAUGCGCCGUCUCUAUAUCUGCGCUGUGUGCGGCCGAGACUUCAAGCUGCCCCCUGGCACUAAGGCCACCACUGUCACCGAGCGCUGCCCAGAGUGUGAGAGUAGAUGAGCCCCCUUGUCCCUGCGGCUGCUAGUGUCUGGCCGAGGAGGCGCAUUCCAGGGCCCCCACCCCAGGGGCUGGACUAACUGGACAAGGACUCCGGGACCCUGGUCUGGGAAAGGGUGAGAUGGCAGAACUGGCUGCCUGGGACCUGGGAGACAUAGUUAAUCCUCUACUGCAGUGAUGGCGAACCUACGACACGUGUGUCAGAGGUGACACGUGAACUCAUUUUUUUGGUUGAUUUUUCUUUG